ACCCCAACGACACACACUCCCCAGUCGCCAUGAGCCAACCGAGUGAGUUUCCCGAGCUUCCUGAACUCAACUGUUCUUCCACCCACCACACCGCCCCAGACCCCACCACCCCCUCCACCCCUGCCUCCCUAAUCUCCACCCCCAGCCCAAGGACUGAGGACCCCCCAGGGGUGAGGAAGGGCCCCCCAGUUGCCCCCAAGCCUGUGUGGAACCGUCAGAGCCUCAGGAGUAUUAGGAAUGGGAGGCCCCAGGCUGAGCUGGCCAAACCCCUGGACAUCAGAGGCGGUGGAACCACCUUCGGGGUACGUCUGCGGCCUACUUCCUCUACAGCCCAGCUGUCAAUCAAGCAGAAGAUCCAUUCAUUUGAGACCUUCUCUAGUCCUGAGGGUAAAGGUCACGAGAUGGAGGGCAACAACAGGAGGCCCCUAGCCCCCUCCACUUCCCUCCCUCUGAAGGACAAGGCACCCGUCAGGAGUGACCCCCCUCUCUUAGAGGAGAAUGGCACAAUCCAACAUGACAUGGGCAAAGGAGCCAACGUGACCUCACCAAUCCCUGACGAGGACCAGGACAGGAGGAUGUCCUCUUUUCCCCCUGGAGCCUCUCCUCACUCCAUCCUUCCGCCCUCUCCUGCCUCCCACCCUUCUCCUCCUACCUGCUUUUCUCUUCUUCCGACCCACCACCCUACCUCGGAGCUCCAGACCCCAGUGGAAGAGACAACAGACCCCAAUGCAGAGAUCUCUGACUCGCCAUCCACCGAGGACACCACCACCUCCCCAUCCACCCUAGAGGCACCUCUCCCCGAGGCCGAACCAGAAACAGAGCCCGUGGAUGGGGCUGUAGAGGCCUCCAUCUCCCCAUCGGGCCCGGUGCCCAGGAGGUCCAGCAGCUCCAAGGGAGAGAGCUUUGGUCCACUCCAACCACCAGAGGAGGGGGAGGGAGACCAGAGCGAUGCCCAGGCUCAGGGCAAGCAGGCCAGCCUGCGGAUGCGUAGCCUGCCCCUGCCUACCUCUCCCUCCCCGGAUGGGUCAACAGCUCUACAAGGACUGGAGGGACAGAGCCUGGGGAAGAUACUCUCCUUCAGUAACCAGGUUUCUCAUGCCCUGAUGCGUUCCAUGCACUCCCUGCUCCCCUCCCUCUGUCCUACUGGGCCAGGUAACCCCGGGUCAGACCCAGCCCCUGCAUCCCCUCUAGUCUGCAGCCUGGAGGAGCCCGCCCCGGCCCAGAACACUCCCCUCUCCCCUGGCCCCGACAGCAAUGAGAAUAGCUUCUCUGUCAGCCUAUCUGAUCUGAGGCAGUGUACCAUUGAGCGGGGGGAGGAGGGAGGGGACCUGGUCGCACGCCCAUCUUCAUCAGCAUGUGCCCAUUCUGUUAUCUCAGCCAUCCCGCCACAGGAAAUACAGACCAUGAUCCAGGAAGUGAAAGCUCUGGAUGAGGAAACACUGAAGCAAUUUGAGCACAUCCAAGUGGUGAUUCUGCACAAGGAGGAAGGAGCAGGUCUGGGUUUCAGCAUUGCAGGUGGGAUAGACCUGGAGAGCAAGGCUACCACAGUGCAUCGUGUUUUCCCCCACGGCCUGGCGGCUCAAGAGGGGACCGUGGAGAAGGGUGACGAGGUGCUGUCCAUCAACGGCCAGACACUAAGGGGUGCGACACACGCGGACGCCACCGCCACGCUGCGCCAGGCCCGCACCAUGAGACUGGCCGUGGUGGUGGUGAGCAAGGGGAGAGAGGGAGGAGGAGGGAACAAGACUGAUGAUUCCUCUGUCAGCAGUAGCAGUACAGACCUCAACCCCGCAGUGGAGGAUGGGGGGGCCAUGCUGACUGUGGAGCUGGAGACAGGAGGAGGGGGCGUGGGCUUCAGUUUGGAUGGAGGGAAAGGCUCUAUCCAUGGAGACAGGCCUCUGGUCAUCAACCGGAUCUUUAAAGGUGGUGCUGCGGAGCAGAGCGGGUUGCAGUCUGGUGAUGAGCUGCUGCAGGUCCAGAGCACCUCCCUACAGGAGCUGAGCCGCUUCGAGGCCUGGAACAUCGUCAAGGCUCUGCCUGAGGGGCACAUCACUCUAGUCAUCCGGAGGAGGAAGGAGGAUGAGGCAGAAGGGUCUGCCUGAGGGACAUCUCACUGUAGUUAACAGGAGGAGGAAGGAGGAGGAUACUGAGGAGUUACCCCUAGACACUGAUUUCAGGUCAGUUUACACUGUUUAUACUUAAUUGAUUUCCAGAUACAAUAGGUCCCUACCUACAGAGGUAGUCAUUAAGAUCUGAUCACAAUUACACUUCUUUAAAAAUGUGGGCACAAUCAGAAUGUGGACAAGAUCAGGACAAAGGACUCAUGUUAGCACCAGCUAUAAACGGAGCUAUUGAUUCUCAAGGUUUGGCCACAUAUUGAUUGUGGCCACAUUUAUAGACAGGUGUCCGCAAUGAAAAUAUCUAUUGUGAUUGGAUUGUGAUCAGAUCUUCCUGAUCACCACCGGAGGUAGUCAGGCACACAUGUUGUCUGGAUAUCUUCCAAGUGUAGAUGGAUGUGGACAGGGAAACCAUUUAAAUCAUCAUUAUCCCUCUACAAUCAUUGACAGGUGGCGCCAUCGUCUUAUGGCAUCAAUACGUGUCUUUAAAUAAAGAAAAUACAUUAUUUUGAAUGAAUAUCUGUCGAAUAAUUUGCAUACAGGGAGGAACCAGUAAAUCUUGGUCACAAUGUGGAAACAGUGGACAGAUAAGAGACACAUUUUAAUACAAUGUGUAGAUGCAACGGCAAAAAUGUGGCCGCUAUCAGAAUGUGGACAACGGCCUCGAUUCAAUCCGUAUCGCUGAAGUUUAGGGUUAUAGGGUGAUUGAAAAUGAAAGGUCAUUUCCGGUUGAGCCUACAUAUGAAUUUACCGUGAAUGCAAUCUCCGCGAACACAGGAACAUUGCUUUUAUAUUUCAAUUACGCUGAAGUGCAGGUCUUCAGUGCUACGGAUUGAAUAGAGCCCGAGAUCAGAGUUAGCACCAGGUAUAAACAGGGCCCAACUAGAACACAAAUCAACCACAAGCCACCAUACCAUUUCAUAUGAGCACUAUUAACAUACUGUAGUUAUGAAUAUAACAUCUAUAUUCUAUAUCAUAUUGCAAUGACAAUCAGGGACUGUUACUGUAGAAAGAGGUGAAUUUACAGGUGCUUUGCUCUGACUGCCUUCCUACACCCAGAACUUCUAGACCAGGGACCACAGUGAGUUUGAGAUUUGCACAGAUAUAGAUAUAGUAUUUACAUGAAGGAAGGGAGAGACAUUCCAUUGCUUUUGACUGUUAGAAAUAGUGUACAAUACUGUAAUGUAGUCCAAAAGAGUAUUAUACUGAUACAAACUAUUUAAAAUGGGAUUUGCAUUUUUCAUGGAAUUGUAGUAUUGUAGUAUUGUGCUUGAUGUUGGAAUCAUUGUUUAGACCAAAGACUGUGAGUUGGAUUCAAUCCAUAUCGCAGAAGAUCAGCAUCAAAAGGUCAACUUAAUUUCCGUUUACCAUGAAUGCAGUCUCUGCGACCGCGGGAACAUUGCCUUUAAUUGUCUAUCGCACAAUAAAGUGGAUCUUCAGAGCUACAGAUUUAAUAGUCGUUAGUUUGUUUAUUAGAUGACAAUGGGAGAAUCUCAAUUGCAUAGUGCUCGCGUCCUCUCUCCUUCUCAAAACCCAUUGGAUGAGAAAGCCGGAUGUCCCGCCCCUCUGACCUUCUCCAAUUGGUUUUGAGGAGGCCAGGCGAGAAGACGUGAGGAAUAUCUAAUUGAUAUUCUCCCUAUGGGUGAAACCAAAGAUAGAACUAAACCGGAGCAAAUUUUCACCUUGUUUUCUCUCCUAGUUUGAUAUCAAGGAAAACACACGGUGUGAACAUUUUGUACCAAAAUCUAUUAGAAUAUAGAUAUUUAAAACUCUGUGUAUCGGUACGAAAGAUUUAUCGCAAUAUACAUUAUACUAAUAAAAUCAUUUAACCCAA